AUGGGUGAGCUAGAAACGGGUAGAGGUUUGAAUCAAGAACUUGGUCUUAUUAAAGUCAGUGACACUCAUUGGGGAUCUCACUACAAGUCGUUUGGAAACCUUAUUAGUAACUUUGCCUCCAUUAUUGAUGUACUUGAUUCUCUUGUUGAAAAUGCAAGUACUUCAGAAGAAAAAGCUAGCGCAUCGGGAUUUCUCAGAAGUUGUCAAACUUUUGAGACUGUUUUCUUGUUGCAUUUGAUGACUGAUGUUUUAGGAAUCACAAAUGAUCUUAAUAUAUCAUUACAGAAAAAGGAACAGGAUAUUGCUAAUGCCAUGAUUCUUGUAAAACUAGCAAAGAGAAGAUUGCAAGCAUUACGAGAUAAUGAAUGGGAUCCUAUUUUAAAAAAAAUGUUGGUUGAAAUUCGCUUAAAGAAAAGCUACAAGAACUUAAUGACCGUUCCAAUUGAUACAUUUUCUAGUUUUGACAUCCAAAAGAUAUUGGUGAUGGCUAAAUUAUAUGCUGAUGACUUUGAUGAGUUCAACAUGAGGGUUCUUGAGAAUCAAAUUGUUAAUUAUAUUAUUGAUGUUCGUGAUAUUGAUAAACGAUUCUCCAAUUUAGGCAGACUUGGGGAACUUUCAAGAAAGUUGGUUGAGACAAAGAAGCAUUUAACCUAUCCUCUUGUAUUUUUCUUAGUAAAGUUUGCUUUGCUUCUACCCAUUGCCACUGCACCAGUUGAAAGAGCAUUUUCGGCAAUGAAGUAUAUCAAAAAUGAUUUGUAG